GCCCCGCCCCGCCCCGGUUCCCGUUUCCGGCGGGCGCUGCGAUUCCUGCGGGCGGCUGGCGUGCCCUCUACCUGCAGCCCAGGACUCCCGGAGGGCGAUUCCGGUGCGGGCCAGGUGUCUGUCAACUCCUGCAGCCUGACACAGGAGGAGAAGGACCAUGCAGAAGAAUACGGGCCCGCUAGUGCCUUUACACUACUUUGGUUUUGGCUAUGCGGCUCUGGUGGCCACUGGUGGAAUCAUUGGCUACGCCAGAGCAGGUAGCGUGCCGUCCCUGGCCGCGGGCCUCCUCUUCGGGAGCUUGGCAGGCCUGGGGGCCUACCAGCUGUCUCAGGACCCGAGGAACGUGUGGGUUUUCCUGGCUACGUCCGGGACCUUGGCUGGCAUCAUGGGGAUGAGAUUCUACCACUCUGGAAAAUUCAUGCCUGCGGGUUUAAUUGCAGGUGCCAGUUUGCUGAUGUUCGCCAAAGUUGGAAUUAGUAUGUUGGACAGACCCCAUCAGUAAGCAUCCUGUCCCUGGGCUCGGGAAGAAUUAAACAUCUCCAGACUUCAUUGUUUCCAAUGUAUUCAGGAAAUGAAAUGUGGCAUUUUUGAAUAG